ACACACCGGUUUUUUGUCUCUUAGUUUGUUCCGCACGGAUUCCAUGUGAGUGUUUGGUUGUUGUUAUUUAUUUAUUUUUAAUUAUUCACCUGCCUAUUUUUUUUUUUCAUUCCCACACCAAAAUACCAGUACUGAAUCAGAUUAUCGAAAGGAUCAGCAUUAGUUUGAAGACCUCCAUGUCAAGUUACAGCAGCAACGAAGGAGGAUUUUUCAACUCUGCCUACCAUGACACAGAGACUCUGGAAUUGGAUAGAAGGUCUUCCAGAAACCCACAGCAAACUAACCCCUAUGGUCGAAAAGACCAGGCUUGGUAUAAUGACAGGACAGAAACAUAUGACUCCACGGUUGUUCAGAGUGUCAGUGUUGAUGGAAGAGUACCUUGGGCGGGCUGGCAGGAGGAAGGAUGGAGGGGGAGAGAGAGUAUCCCCAUGGAACUACAGUCAAGACGUCCAGAGAGACCUGUAUUGCAGCAGGACUUCAACAGCAGUUCAAUCCAAAGUAACCAUGACUUUCAGCAUGAUCGGUUGCCACCUAUCCAAUUCCCUUCUGCGUCAUCGGGCACCAUGUCAAUGAGAUUUAGGGGAGUUGGAAUGAGGUUAAACAUGUUUCCUAGUGCUGAUCCUGGUCAUAUAGUGUUUACAGAAGAAGCCAUCAUUAACGAAAUGGAAAAAGAAGAACGGAGCCUGGUCAAAGAACUUGUCGCCUUGUCAACACGAGACAGAGUAAAUGCCAUACGGGACCUUCCGAUGAGCUUUAAAGAGAAAAAACACAUCAGGAGUCAAGUUCUUGCAAUAAAGUCUUCCAAGCAAUCUCGGCGGUUCACAUGUUUUGCAGAUUGCUCGGAGACUGCGUCAGUGUCCAUUCGCAGGGCCGGCGACAAUAUCCGGUCAGCUAAACAGGCCUUGGGACUGUGGCAAGGCGUUAUGAAAGAGAUAGGCGGAAAGUUUGGCACCAGCGUACUUUCCUAUUUUCUGUUUCUUAAGUGGUUGCUCAUGGUCAACAUAUUCUCCUUCUUGGUCAACUUUGGAUUCAUCACCAUCCCGCUGCUAGUGUCUGGUCACUCCCCCAACUUACUCUCAAGCUUCAGAGGACUGGAGAUACUAACAGGGGCUGGUUACUUCACCUACACUGUCAUGUACUACGGUGGCUACAGCAACAAAACCCUUGUGGAUCCUGUGGAGUACAACAUGCAGCUGGCCUACUUCUUCACUAUCGCCAUUUAUAUGGUGUUGUGUGGCAUUGCACUCAUCUUUAGCAUGGCAAACUCAUUCCAGGCAAACUACAUGCUUGCGGCGCAGGUGUCAAACAGUGCAUGGCAGCUUUUGUGCAGCUGGAAUUUCAGCAUAGUCAAUGAGAAAGCAGUGAGACGGCGCAAGAACAACCUCAGUGUACAACUAAAGGAGUCAAUGUCAGAGAAGGCCCAAAGGGAGCAGUUAACCCUCAUUGAAAAGAUCAAGCAAAUAGGGAUUCAUCUCGGCUCGUGGCUCUUCUCCACCGGCUUGGCUGUUGGCUGCGGAGCCAGCAUUUAUUACCUAUGCCAAUAUGAACAGCAGAGGACAGUGGAUGUGGCAGACUCAUCGCUGCAACAGGAGGCAGAGACUCUUUUGGUCCCCUUUGUGGUGUCCUUGAUGAACCUGGUGGUCCCAUUCUUCUAUUCCCUCUUCAAUAAGUUUGAGCAUUACUCCAGUAAACGCAAGCAGAUCUACGCCCUGGUGCUCAGGAAUGUUAUACUCAAGAUGUUUAUUCUGGGUGUCUUAUGUUACUACUGGAUGAAUGUGGUGACUCAGACGUUUUUGUGUUGGGAAUCCAUGGUUGGACAGGCCUUAUACCGCCUGGUCAUCUUUGACUUUUUCUUUCUGAUGUUAGGAUCUUUCUUUGGCGAGUUCCUUGCCAAUUGGAUUGGAACAACAUUUUUACCACGGCUCGGUGUUCCCGAGUUUGACGUAGCCAGGAAUGUCCUUGAGCUCAUCUAUGCACAGACUCUGCUCUGGAUUGGAAUUUAUUUCUCUCCGCUGCUGCCUGCCAUCCAAAUUGUCAAGUUUGUCACCUUGUUUUACGUAAAGAAGGUCAGCCUAACCCACAACUGUCAGCCUCCACGUCGAACAGGCAGGGCAGCUCAGAUGCAAACCAUCUUCAUUGCACUCCUUUUCUUCCCUUUCUUUGUCGGAGCCCUGUCCAUGGUUGCAUACACUGCAUGGAGACUGACUCCCUCUAAGCAGUGCGGCCCUUUUCGGGGUCUGAACAACACCUUCAGUGUAGUUGGGAUCUGGAUCGAUGGUCUCGAGCACAUUCCUGGUUCUCAGGUGGCCAUCUGGAUCUAUGAAAAUGUCAUCAGGAGUGAAAUUGUUUACUUCCUCGGCACACUCAUAAUCUUAAUCAUCAUAUAUAUCUUCUGGCAAGUCACUCAGGGCCGCAAGCAGCUUAUUGGUCGACUGAGACAGCAAAUUGUCAAUGAGGGCAAAGACAAGUCAUUUUUGCUGGAAAAACUGCAGAACCUCCAGAAAUGUCAUCCUAGUAAGAAACCCAAACAGAAGAAUCAAAAGAAGAACCCCAAACAUCGAUCGGAUCGCAGUUUUCCGGGCGGUCAAUUCAACUCCAAUGGAAUGGUUCAGGCUUUGAUUCUUCACCAACGUCUUGAAGAAGACGAGGCAGGACGCAGACCCGCUGGAGGCACUGUUCCCUCAGAUAUCUUACAUUCUGACGCUUUGUUGCAGACCGCAAUGGUCCAUCAGAGAGCCCAGGAUCAAAACGGAGCAUUUCACCCAAUGCACCAGCCGUUCUUCACUCCAGACCUGAGUCAAGACGAGGAAAACGAGACAGAUGUCCGCUACAGGGAUGCGGAGUUUCCUGAGAGCCCUCUCAACGGGUCCAUCGCUCUGAUGCAGGCGAGACAAAGAGAAGGAGACGACUCACCGUCUUCGUUCUCCAAUGCUAUGAUGCAAGUCAUGCAGGCAAGACAGAACGCCGAGAGGGAAGAGAGUCUCCAUUGGGGAACCACCGCGGCCCCAGAAAAUGCACCUCCUGCCAGGUCUAGCGCUCUCAUACAAGCAAUGUUGGCCCGGCAACAGGCCCAGAAUGAGUUUGAUGACGGCUACUGAACUGAAAGUUUGCAGGUAAUCAACAGCAAGAAUGAGAAAUGUUAUUAAUCAACGCCUGAAUUUCUACUGGCAUCCAGAUUAAUUAACUAAAUUUGUAUAAACUGCAAACUUUUAUUUGUGAGAGUGCAGGUUCACCUCAGUAUUCACUGUUUCAUUAAAAUAAUAUAUGACAAAUAUAGACUGUAAAUAUAUAAAUAAAUACAGUAUUGUAUCAUUGUAUGGGAAUUGUAUCCGUAUAGUAUACAUUGGUAUUGCAUCCCUACUAAUAGCUUAGUUUUUUUUAAUCGUCCCUAUGCAUAUUCUAAAAACAAAAUUAAAGGACCAAUAGCGUCCUGAUGAGCAACAUUUCACCUAGAAGUUCUCUUUAUGUAUUUUUUGCUCCUGAAAAUGAAUCCGGCAGUCGUUUCCCAUCAAUUGAUGUUUUUGUAACCAGCAGAUAAGUAAGUACCCUUCCAAUCGUCAAACUUGAUAUGCCACACUCUUGGUGUGACGUCAUCAACUGAACUGCAGACAGAAUGGAUAAAGGCAUGUAAAACUGUUAUUUUGAUCACUUAGUUGCAUGUUUGUGUGGCCCUGAUAUGGUUAACAUUAUGAGCAGAGAAGAAAUACAACAUAUUAUUUCUGGACUUUCCAUAGACACCACAGCCUGUGAGUCUCCAUAGUCUUUUUGUUUUUUUUCUCAAGCAUCUUGAGGAAAACAUCAGUAGAAGAGGACACAUAAUAAAAUACUAGAGGUUUACCUCUUUGGUUUUUCCCAGG